UAGGAUUAUUAUUAAUUACAAAUAACAUAAUACCACAUAUAUUCCUUGGCCUCCAUUUCAUAUAUAUUUCAUUAUUAAAGAAAUAUAUACAAUGAAAUCCAUUAUUAGUAGGAGGAUUCUUGUCUUGGUUUUCUUCAUUUCCUCGAGAGCUGCCGCUAGUGGCGGCGGCGGUGAAAUCUCCCAGCCUCCUUACUACCCACCCCAGGCUGCACCCGCACCCCAGGGUGGAGGCUACGAGCAGUCGUUUGCAGACGUCGUCUUCGACGUCCUGUCUUACGGCGAUGUCGGAGACGGCGUUGCAGACGACACGUCGGCGUUCAAGAUGGCGUGGGACCACGCGUGCCAGAGCGACUCGCCGCCCGUCGUGUUGGCCCAAAGACACCGCGUUUUCUUGAUCCAACCCACCAUCUUCACUGGCCCUUGCAAAAGCACAAUGACGCUUCAGAUUGAAGGGACGAUAAUGCCACCGGACGGACCGGAAUCGUGGCCGGAAAACAUGACCAAGAGGCAAUGGUUAGUUUUCUACAAAAUGAAUGGGAUGAAUAUGGAAGGUGGUGGAGUGAUAGAUGGGAGGGGUGAGAAAUGGUGGGAUCUUCCUUGCAAGCCUCACAGGGGAGUCAACGGAACAACCCUAGAAGGCCCUUGUGAUAGCCCAGUGGCAAUAAGGUUUUUUGGGAGCAGAAAAGUGAAGGUGAGGGAGGUGAAGAUGAAGAACAGCCCUUUAUUCCACAUGAGGUUUGAUAGGUGCAAUGAUGUGCACAUAGAUGCAAUCCACAUCAAUGCACCACCACACAGCCCAAACACUGAUGGAAUCCACAUUGAGAACACUUUUGAUGUUACUAUACACAACUCCAUUGUUUCCAAUGGGGAUGACUGUAUAUCCAUUGGAGCAGGCUGUUACAAUGUAGAUAUAUGGAACAUGACUUGUGGUCCUGGUCAUGGGAUCAGUAUAGGCAGCCUGGGCAUGAGAAACAGCAAAGCAUGUGUGUCAAACAUACGUGUAACGGACUCGACGAUCCGCGAUUCGGACAACGGGUUGCGGAUCAAGACGUGGCAGGGCGGGACGGGGUCGGUCUCGGGGGUGUCCUUCGACAACGUAAGGAUGGACGACGUCCGGAACCCGAUAAUCAUCGACCAGUACUACUGCAACAACAAGGCCAUGGGGAGCUGCACAAACCAGACCUAUGGGGUGCACAUAUCAGGGGUUUUGUACUCAAACAUUAAGGGCACAUAUGACGUCAGGAGCCCUCCAAUGCACCUGGCUUGCAGUGACAGUGUCCCUUGUACCAACUUGACACUGUCCGAGGUGGAGCUGUACCCUUCCCAAGGGCAGAGGAUGUGGGACCCUUUCUGCUGGAAUGCCUAUGGGGAUCUAGUAACUGUCACCAUUCCACCUGUCCUCUGCUUAUUGGACGGCCUUCCUCAGUCUUUUCCAAGUAUUUAUGAUGAUCAUUGUUGGUGAUGAUCAAGGAUUAAACAGAGCUCUUGAUUAGAUUUAUAUAUGCCUCUAGAUUAUUUGUGAAAAUUUCAACCCAAAAAAAAAGUGAUUUAUUUUGAUAAGUUAAUUACGGAGUAAUUAAUUAGUGGGGUUUUAAUUUUUUUUACACGAGAGAUCGAUGUCAUAAAAAUAAAUCGUGUCAAUUAAAAAUCUAACCUUUAG